AUGGAAGAUGAUACAUGGAGCUUUGGUCUCUCUACUUCUUCUUCAAGAAGCUAUCAAUCAGCUCUCAAGUCUCUUUCUGAUCUUUGUAUUGAUUUUGAAGAUAUAGAAGAAGAAGAUGAUGAUUUAAGGACGGAGUAUCCGUGCCCUUAUUGUACAGAUGAUUUUGAUUUAGUUGAAUUGUGCUCCCAUAUUGAUGAAGAACAUUAUUUAGAAGCCAAGUCGGGGGUAUGCCCUGUUUGUUUCACCAAGUUGGGGAUGGAUAUGGUUGAUCACAUAACAACAGAACAUCGAACCAUUUACAAGAUAUCCUUUUUUGUUUUCAGUCGAAUUGCUCUUAGUUUUUUAUUUAGACUUGAGGCCAUGUCUACAUCCUUGACUAGAGAUUACAGCUUGCAAAAAUUGAAAAUUCAGAAAGGUGAGUCACACUUGAAUUCUUCUUUUCUGAAGAAGGAGUUAGAGGAUGGAUAUUUGCAAUCAGUACUUAGCGGAUCAUCCUCGGUGGUUUCUUCCUCCAAUUUGGCACCUGAUCCAUUGUUAUCAUUUCUUUGCAAUGUAUCCCCUGCUGAGAAAUUGGAAAGUGUACAGCCUACUAGUUCAAUUAAAGCGUCCUUAGAAGAGAAAAGCUCAGAUGUGAAACUGUUGGAAAGGAAUGAUCAUGUAUCACCUUUGUCAGAUGAGGAACACAUGGAGAAGGCAAAGAGAAGUGACUUCGUACAGGGACUGUUAUUGUCCACCAUAUUUGAUGAUGGCCUAUGA